GCCUUUAUCCGCAAGUCCCUCGCUUUAUCACCACCAUCUACCCCCAAUAGGAUCCCUAACAGGAUACCCCAUCUCUGCAAAGCGCAAGACUGUAUUGUGCACGCUCGCUUAGUAAGCUGCGAACGCAGAACUACACUACCCAGAGUGCCUUUCCAGGCAUCCCGCUUCUUCGCUCUUCAGACUACAUUACCCACCAUGCUUAGUGGGGCAACACAAAAGGCCGCAAGAAUUUGGACGGAAAGUGACUCUGAGAUGGGCAUCAGCCCUCCGACGCUGCGGCUUGGAGCCGCCUCGGGACUGAAAGUCCGCUAAAGCGGCGCGCCUAGUUGGGCAUGGAGCCCGCAGGUGAAGAUUGGAUCAAGAGAGAAGGCAAUGAAGGAUCUCUCCAGCCCAGGGUUGCCCUGCUGGUUGGUGUGGAACAGCCAACAAAAAAAUUAUCUGAGGAAAGUGACUAUUUCCUGGAGUCUGAACCACUGAAAACUCUGAAGAGGGAUUUGGACAUGCAUCAGAAUCCUUUUACGGAGGAGAUUUGUUUUGAUUACGAGAACAGUCCUAGGAAGAUCUACCCCAACGACCGGCCAUUUAAGUGCGAUGUGUGCGAGAAAAGCUUCCGCCACAGUUCCAGCCUGUUAACACAUCGAAGGCUGCAUACUGGGGAGAAACCAUAUAAAUGCACUGACUGCGGGAAGAGCUUCAACACCAGCUCAGCGCUGAUUGUGCACCGCCGGACCCACACAGGAGAGAAGUCCUAUGUUUGCUCAGACUGUGGGAGGUGUUUCAGUGAAGGCUCGGUGCUCAUCAAGCACUGGCGGAUCCACACCGGGGAGAAGCCGUACAAAUGCGCCCUUUGUGGAAGGGGGUUCCGGCAGAGCUCCCAGCUGCGGGCCCACGAGCGGACCCACACGGGGGAAAAGCCUUACGAGUGCCAGGACUGUGGGAAGUGCUUCAGCACCAGCUCUAAUCUCUCCGCCCACCAGCGGACCCACACAGGGGAAAAACCAUACAUCUGCCCUGAGUGCGAUCGACGGUUUGGUCACAAGUCGCAUCUCAUCUCCCACCAGAAGACACACACCGAGAAGCUGCACGCUUGCUCGGACUGUCCAGCAACUUUCCGCAUGCUUCAUCAGCUCCUGGUCCAUCGCAAGUCCCACCAGGAAGAGAGGCGCUACAAAUGCCUCCUGUGUGGGAAGACUUUCAGCUACAGCUCAGCCCUCUUGGCACACCAGAGAAUGCACACUGGGGACCGGCCGUUCAACUGUCUGGAGUGCGGGAGGAGUUUUGUCCGGAAUUCAGACUUGAACAAACACCAGAGGAUCCACACAGGGGAGAAGCCCUACGAAUGCCCAGAGUGUGGGAAACGAUUUAACCAAAGCUCCCACUUGGUUAGCCAUCGGAGAGUCCACGUGAAAAGUGCUGCAAAGAAUCCUAGCAUGGAUGUCCCUGUCCCAAGGGGACGAGAAAUUGAGUCUUCCUGAAUAGCUCUUUCGCAACAUUUCUUUGCAGUCUGCAUCAGGGGUCUUUUAAGACUUGUGGACUUCAACUCCCAGAAUUCCCUCACCAGCAAUGGGGAAUUCUGGGAACUGAAGUCCACAAGUCUAAGUCUUAAAGUUGCCAUGUUUGGAGACCCCUGGUCUACAUUAUGAUGACUGCAACCUUGUGCUCCUCACAGGAGAGCAAAAUCUCAUCCCAUCCAGUGGGAUUUCAUUUAUUACUCGCGGAUAAUAAACUUGUAAGACUGUUGUGGGUUUUUACACAUGAAAAACUAAAGAAAAUUCUGCUCCAACAAAUUUCAAAUGAUCCAUUAAAGGAUAAUAGGUUACAUGGCCAGGAUAUCUUAUGGAAGCUAAAGUAUAUGCUAAUUGAUGUAACUGGAGCCAUUUCUGUAGAAAAGAGCAAAAAUAAGAGCUGCAAGACCAGGAUACUAUUCUCUGGCUAUUGAGAAAUAUUGUUUAGCACUUCUCUGACUUCCAUUGUCCUAUGAAGCAUGCUUUCAGCUUAUCCUUGCAAAAAUGAGGAUUUAUAAACUUGUGAUAUUUUUGCUGUUCAGUCAGAUUAUAUUCUUGAGCUGCUAUCAUAUAUGGCCAGCAGCAUUUGUCUUCUUAUGAGAAUGCUGAUAUUGUUUAAGACAACUGAGACAGAAUAGUGUUUCUGGCAUUUUUUCCCAAAUUGAAUUUUUUCAGUGUUUUUAGAUAUGCAGAACUUCAGUGGUAAGAUCUACUGGUGAAGCUACAGUUUAAAGACAACACACUUUCAUUGAAGUGAUGAAAAAGCUUUGUGGUUUUUUUUGCUACCAAAGGUACAGAGAAAUAACUUAAAACUGACAUCUACCUAUUUUCUAUAGAUCACGUGUGAAUGUAAUAUCAGCUAUCUACUUUCAAAAGAAACACAACUCCAGCUGGCUUUUAAUAACCAUUCCAUUAACCACAUUCCCCCUGACUUAAUAAUAACUUACAGAAUUUGAUCCCUUAAUAAUUCCCAUCAUCCUGAUGGCUGCACUAGACUCUGGAUGGCUUAGGAAGAGCUGCACUUAAAAAUGGUGGCAUCUGAAUUUUCACGUAUGAAAAGUAUGUAUCCCAAAGACCUCCAUGGUUGAAGUUAUCCAUUUGUUUCUUGAAACUUGUAAGCCUGCCCACCUUUGUGGAAAUAUAGACCAAAUAAGUUUAAAAUUGCAGUCUUAUUGCAGGAUCCUUUUUCACUCAAAGGUUCUUGCUAUUCACUCUUAAGUCCUGGCUGACUUCAAUCUCUUUCAUUUAUUAGGAUUCCAUAAUUAUUUUUGCUCUUUGACAACUGAGACCUCUGUUUUGUUCCAUAAUCCUGACUUCCUUUUGCCAGCAAACGUUUCCCUAUAUACACUGUAUAGACCACUUCUAUGUCUGCUUCAUGUUUUUCACAAAGCAGAUCUCUGAAACACAGAGUAUAUGCUGCAAUAAAUAUGUUAGUCUUUAAACUGCCAGAGAUGUCUAGGCCCACUGGUUAAAUGGUGUUUUUCUUGACAAUACUCAGACUGGAGAGCCUUUACAAUGCAAUAAGAUUACAACCACACAUAUAAGGAAAAUGCUGUUCUGAAUAAAUAUGUUUAUGAUUCUA